AUGGCAACUUCAUCUCAAGCAGUGUUAGAGCGACUUGCUCAACUUCAAAUAAGUCCCAAGGUUGUUUCUCAUGAUUCUGUCAAUGAUAACAAAGCCUGGGCUGAAGCUCUUAAGGACACCAACGAUGUCGCAUUCGAAAUCACUAAAACCUUGAUUCUUAAGCCUAAAACCGCCAAAACUGCUACUCCUACGCCAGUUGUUGUUGUUGCUUUGGAUUCUACCGAGGUGAAUGCCACUGCUCUUGGUAAGAAGUUGUCUUUGAAGGACUGUCGUUUUGCCAAUGAAGAUUUGCUUAAGGAAACAUUCAGCAUCACCAAAGAGGCCGUUUCUCCUUUCGUUUUGAGCAAUGUCAAAGAACUUGAUUUGGUUCAUCUUGUUGUUGACAGCGCACUUUUGGCGCUUCCUAACGAAAAGAAGUUGGCUUUCCACCCUUCGACAUCGGAUAAAUCCAUCUUUGUUACCGUGGAUGAACUGAAGAAGUAUUUUGAAUCAUUGAACAAAGAACCUGUUGAAAUUGAUUUUAAGGCUUUGGCUGCUGCUAAGCCUCCCGCCAAUGAUGGUGCUAAGAAGCCUGUUAAGGCUGCUGCUAAGAAGGAAGAAUUCAAUCAGAUGGGUCUUGGUUGUACCAAAGAUGGUGAUUUCCCUAAAUGGUAUCAACAAGUCUUGACCAAGAGUGAGAUGUUGGAAUACUAUGAUGUAUCUGGCUGUUAUAUUCUUCGUCCUUUAGCCUACAACAUUUGGAAGGAAAUCACCAAUUUCUUUGAUGAAGCUAUCACUGAAAUGGGUGUUGAAGACACUUACUUUCCUAUGUUUGUCUCCAACCGUGUUUUACAACGCGAAAAGGAUCAUAUUGAAGGUUUCGCCCCUGAAGUUGCCUGGGUUACCAAGGCUGGUAGCAGUGAUCUUGAAGAACCUAUUGCUAUUCGUCCUACCUCUGAAACCGUCAUGUACCCUUAUUUUGCCAAAUGGAUCCGUUCUCACCGUGAUUUGCCUUUCCGUAUCAACCAAUGGUGUUCUGUUGUCCGUUGGGAAUUCAAGAAUCCUCAACCUUUCCUCCGUACUCGUGAAUUCCUUUGGCAAGAAGGUCACACUGCUCACUUGACCUUAGAAGAUGCUGAUAAGGAAGUGAAGCAAAUUUUGGAUCUCUAUGCUCAAGUGUACAACGAUUUGUUGGCUUUGCCUGUUGUUAAGGGUGUUAAGUCUGAGAAAGAAAAAUUUGCUGGUGGCUAUUAUACCACAACUGUAGAAGGCUAUAUUCCUGCUACGGGUCGUGCUAUUCAAGGUGGUACUUCUCACUGUCUCGGUCAAAACUUCUCCAAGAUGUUCAAUAUCACUGUUGAAGAUCCUAAUGCCCCUGCUACUGCUAAUGAAGAAGCCAAGAAGAUUCACGUCUGGCAGAAUUCUUGGGGUCUUUCUACCCGUACCAUUGGUGUCUUGGUCAUGACACACGGUGAUGAUAAGGGUUUGGUCCUUCCUCCUCGUGUGGCACUCAUUCAAACUGUCAUUGUUCCUUGUGGUCUGACUGUCAAGACGACCAAAGAAGAAUCUGAUAAGAUUUUCGAUGCCUGUCAAGAAGUUGCCUCUCGUCUUAAGAAGGCUGGUAUUAAGAGCAAGGCUGACUUGCGUGAAAACUAUACCCCUGGUUUCAAAUUUAAUCACUGGGAAAUGCGUGGUGUUCCUCUUCGUCUUGAAUUGGGUCCUAAAGAUCUUCAAAAACAACAAGCUACUUUGGUUCGCCGUGAUACUGGUGUUCGUUUCUCUGUUCCUCUUGAUAACUUGGAGCAAAGUGUCAAGGAAACUUUGGAUACCAUUCAACGUGAUAUGCUCGAAAGAGCUACCAAGAAGAUGCAAGAAAAUAUUGUUCGUGUUGAGAAGUGGGAAGAUUUCUGUCCCAAUUUGAACAAGAAGAAGUUGCUCUUGGUCCCUUGGUGUGAUCGUACUGAGUGUGAAGAUGACAUUAAGGAGCGUUCUGCUAAGGUCGCUACUGAAGGUGAAGAAGAAGACGAACGCGCUCCUUCCAUGGGUGCCAAGUCUCUUUGUAAACCAUUCGAACAACCUACUGAGAAUCCUAUUGUUCCUGGUGUGACUAAGUGUGUUGCUUGUGAUCAUGAUGCUAAACAUUUCAUGUUGUUCGGUAGAAGUUACUAG